AGGAUGGGACGGACGCUCGUGGAGCUCUUUUACGAUGUGGUCUCCCCUUACUCCUGGCUGGGGUUUGAGGUGCUCUGCCGGUACCGGCACAUCUGGAAUAUUGACCUGCGCUUUCGUCCAGCUUUCCUUGGUGGCAUAAUGCAAGCAACUGGUAACAAGCCACCAGCAAUGUUGCCAAAGCGUGCAGAAUACAUGCUGAAGGAUAUAAAAAGGAUGGCAAAAUACUACCAAGUGCCUGUACAAAUUUCAGAAGAUAACUUCCAACAUGUCUUUGGUACAAGCAGUCUUGGCGCCAUGCGCUUUAUCACAGCCAUUGAUAUGACACAACCACAAUACUUGGAACCCUUAUCUAGAGAGUUCUGGAUACGUUUUUGGUCACAGCAUGAAGAUAUCAGUCAGCCGGAGAAUAUAUUGGCUGUUGCUGGACAGGCUGGGCUAUCACCAGAGCUCGCCCAGAAGCUACUUGAAAUGAUUUCAUCCCCUGCAGUGAAGAACCGACUGAAAGAGGCAACAGAGGAAGCAAUAAAAUAUGGGGCAUUUGGGAUGCCUGCUGUUGUGGCACAUUUUAAUGGGGAACCUCAUCUCUUUUUUGGCUCUGAUCGUUUAGAGCUGCUAGGCAGCGUUAUAGGUGAAAAAUGGCUGGGACCAGUUCCAUCCGUUCCAAGCCCCAAGAUGUGAAAAGUCCUGGGGAAAUAUAUAAGAAUGAAAAUAUAUAUGUACAUGGUCACUCUUCACUGAUUAUCUGAAUGUAUCCAAUUUUAUGGAGAGAUGGCUUUCUCAUCCUUAACAGCAAGCUUUACAGCUCAGUCUCAUCUCCAAUUACGAAGAAGUUCAAGGUUUGCCAGUAUUACCAGUCUGGUGAGGUCUUUACCAAUACAAGUGUGCUUCUUUUCUUUCAACAGAUUAAUGAUUAGACAUUAAAGAUUAAACAUUAACUUCUUGCAGAUGAAACAUUCUUCUUUUCUGAUUAGUUCUCUUUCUCUUACCCUAAAAACAUGAGGAUUAAAUUGUUACAGGACUGCGAUCUCUGGAUUUCUCCUAUCUUCCUGCUUGUCCUUUAGAAACACACACACAUACAGCCUAAGAGAAGCUGGCCACAUUCUCCUUUUAUUUUAAGUCCAAGGUACUACAUAGACACUAGAAGCACAGGACAUGGUAUUCACGCUUCCUUUUACUCUGCAGCAUGGCAAUUGGAGGGGACAUGAGAAAGAAGAGUGGAAGAGAGAAGGACAAAAUUCAAGCCCAAAGAAAAAUCUAGGGAACCAAUCAAGUAUUUCAAAAGGAACUGUCCCCCUCCUGGACAGUAUUUUAUACACCUUGCUCUGCAGUGACAGACAUCUGAGCAGACCACCACACACAUGCAUUCUCAGGCACCAAUCCCAGACCUUGCAGGGUUUUUUAAUCAAUGCCAGCUUUACAGUAAUGCUUUCAGCGGACAGUGGUGAAUACCAUGUAAGUUUAGUUGGUAACUGAACCAGACUGUGUUUUGCUUCCUCGAGGAUGGCCUAAUUGCUGCCUAUCCAAAGGUGAUUUGGAUAUGGCUAUGAGGGACUUCCCAUCAUACCUCCUGCAGAGGGAAGAUAUGCAAACAAUAAAAUUAAGAAAUUUCACACUGAAAUAGUUCGAACCUGGCCCUGUGUUGGCUGAAUUGGAAUAACACACUCAAAUUAAUUUGAUUUGUAUGAGGCUUGAUUUCUCAAUGAUUCGUGGCUGUCUCUGACGUAUCACUGAAGGAAGCAGAAGAACUAGCAGCAGCUGGAAUUCUGUUUUUUG